AAAAGCAAGAAGGAUUCGCCUGAUUCGAAUGUAAAACUGACUGACGGCUUCAUUGGCAGUCAGGUUUUCUGGUAGUGGUCUCCUUCUGUUGGGCAAAGUCGGAGGCAUUGGUACUACAAUGGCCAACCGCUCCGCCACACUACACCUUCAAGAUGGCUCAUCCUUCGUUGGUACAGCUUUCGGUGCUGAGCGGAGUGUUGCCGGAGAAGUCGUCUUUCAAACUGGCAUGGUUGGAUACCCUGAGUCUCUCACCGAUCCAUCGUACAAAUCACAAAUUCUGAUCCUAACAUAUCCGCUUAUCGGCAAUUAUGGUGUCGUCAAAGCGGAGAAGGACGCACUGGGCCUACUGAAGACUUUUGAGUCAGCUGGUGUUCAUGUGUCUGGCUUUGUUGUGGGCAACUUGAGCGAGAACUACAGCCACUGGGCUGCUGCUACAUCUCUUCAUGCAUGGCUGAAGGAACACAACGUGCCUGGUUUGUAUGGAGUUGACACUCGAUUCCUAACACAGAAGAUCCGUGAGCACGGCACAGUUCUUGGAAAGAUCAUCCUGGAAGGGGACAAGGCCGAGGCUACUGAAUGGGAAGAUCCUAACUUGAGACAUUUGGUCGCUGAGGUAUCGUGCACUGAAUCAACGGUCUACAAUCCUGAUGGUGAUGUUUCCAUUGUUGCUGUGGAUUGCGGUAUCAAGACCAACCAGAUCCGUUGUCUUGCCGAGCGUGGUGCUCGUGUCAAGGUUGUCCCAUGGAAUCAUGACUUCAGUAAAGAAGACUGUGAUGGUGUGUUCCUUAGCAACGGCCCGGGUGACCCAUCUCGCUGUGACACGACUAUUGAAAACGUCAAAGAAAUGCUCGGUGCCAGUGAACCUAAGCCGAUGUUUGGCAUUUGCCUUGGUCAUCAGCUGAUGGCCUUGGCUGCUGGCGGCUCUACAUUCAAGAUGAAGUAUGGUAAUCGUGGUCACAACCUGCCUUGUAUCCUUCCGGACACCGGUCGCUGCUUCAUCACUACCCAGAACCAUGGCUUCGCCGUUAAUCCCACUGCAAUGGAGGACAGCUGGACCCAGUUGUUUGUCAACGCUAAUGAUGACACCAACGAGGGCCUUGUCCACAAAACCAAGCCGUUCUUCAGCGUCCAAUUCCAUCCAGAGGCCAUGGGUGGUCCCCAAGACCUGGAAAAUCUUUUUGACGUCUUCCUGGACACUGUGCGUGCAUCGAAGAGUGGCAACAAACCUUCUGUCUACAACAACCUUGUGACUCGCUACCAGGCAGAGAAACCCAAGUUUAACGCCAAGGUGUCCAAGGUGCUUGUGUUGGGCUCCGGUGGUUUGUCCAUUGGUCAGGCUGGAGAGUUUGACUACUCUGGAUCACAGGCUAUCAAAGCUCUGAAGGAGGAGGGCCUGCGCGUUGUUCUGAUCAACCCAAACGUUGCCACUGUACAGACGUCGAAGGGCAUGGCAGAUAACAUCUACUUCCUUCCCAUCACGCCUCACUAUGUGGAGCAAGUUAUCGAGCAUGAGCGUCCCGACGGCAUUCUUUUGUCGUUUGGUGGACAAACAGCUCUGAACUGCGGUAUCAAGCUGACCAAGUCAGGUGUGCUGGAGCGCUAUGGCGUUGAAGUUCUUGGUACCCCUGUGAAUGCUAUCAUCAACACCGAGGAUAGGCAAAAGUUUGCUGAUGAGCUGGCACAGAUCAACGAGUAUGUUGCACCCAGUGAAACUGCAUCUAGUGUCGAAGAUGCAUUGGCUGCUGCUGAACGCAUUGGCUACCCAGUGCUGGUGCGCUCUGGCUUUGCUCUUGGUGGGCUUGGCUCUGGCUUCGCUGCCAACCCCGUGGAGCUGACCGCACUGUCGCAGAGAGUUGUCUCGCAGGGUGGUCAGGUGACCAUUGACAAGUCACUGAGAGGCUGGAAGGAGAUUGAGUAUGAAGUCGUCCGUGACGCCAUGGAUAACUGCAUCACUGUGUGCAACAUGGAGAAUGUAGAUCCUCUCGGUAUUCACACCGGUGAGAGCAUUGUUGUUGCGCCCAGCCAGACCCUCACCAACCUUGAGUACAACACACUGAGAACCACUGCCAUCAAGGUAGCUCGACGUAUCGGAAUCGUAGGUGAAUGCAACAUCCAGUACUGCAUGAACCCAGAUUCGAACCAGUACUACAUUAUUGAGAUGAAUGCCCGUCUCUCAAGAAGCUCUGCCCUGGCCAGCAAAGCCACUGGAUACCCAUUGGCCUACGUAGCUGCUAAGCUGGCGCUUGGCAAGCCGUUGACUGACCUGAAGAACUCGGUUACCAACUCAACCACCGCCUGCUUUGAGCCCAGUCUUGACUACAUAGUCGUCAAGGUGCCACGCUGGGAUCUUGGAAAGUUCAUCCGUGUCAACAACAAGCUCGGUAGCUCUAUGAAGUCUGUUGGAGAGGGAAUGGCCAUUGGACGCACAUUUGAGGAAGCGUUGCAGAAAGCACUUCGUAUGGUGGACGAGAAUGUGAUGGGAUUCGAUCACUCUGUUGUGGAGCUUUCCGAGGAGGUCUUGUGCAAUCCAUCGGACAAACGCAUCUUUGUGCUGGCCAAAGCACUGCACGAAGGUUACACAGUCGACCGUCUGCAUGAGCUUACUCGCAUUGAUCGCUGGUUCCUGUAUCGAAUGGAGAACAUCAUCAAGUAUGGCCUCAUGCUCUCCACGUGCGGUGUCAAGAUGGAAGUUGCUGACCGCCAGUUGCUUCUGGGCGCCAAGAAGCGUGGUUUCUCAGACAAGCAGAUUGCUCACGUCAUGGGAAGCACCGAGAUUGCAGUUCGUCAACAGCGUAAGGCAGUGAAUGUUGUGCCCAACGUCAAACAGAUUGAUACUGUUGCUGCAGAGUACCCGGCUGCAACCAACUACCUGUAUCUGACGUACCACGGCGAACACAACGACGUCACCUUUGGCAACUCCAACUACGUGAUGGUGCUUGGCUCUGGUGUCUACCGCAUUGGCAGCUCUGUUGAGUUUGACUGGUGUGGUGUGGGCUGCAUCCGCGAGCUGAGACGACGUGGCUACUAUACUAUCAUGGUCAACUGUAACCCGGAGACCGUCAGUACUGACUACGAUGAGUGCGAUCGUCUGUACUUUGAGGAGAUCUCGUUCGAGACUUCAAUGGACAUCUACGACAUGGAAUGCCCCGAUGGCAUGAUCCUCUCCAUGGGUGGCCAACUCCCUAACAACAUCGCUAUGGCUUUGCACAGGCAGAAGGUUCGCAUCCUUGGUACUUCUCCCGAGUGUAUUGACAAUGCUGAGAACCGAUUCAAGUUCUCGCGUCUGCUUGACAACAUUGGUAUCCAACAGCCGCAAUGGAGGGAACUCACUGACCUGGAUGCUGCCCUUGAGUUCUGCAAGGCUGUGCGCUUCCCUGUCUUGGUGCGACCGUCGUACGUGUUGAGCGGUGCUGCUAUGAGCGUGGCCUACAACGAGGACGACCUGCAGAUCUACCUGACCCGUGCUGGCAAGGUGUCCAAGGAAUACCCGGUUGUCAUUACCAAGUUCAUCUUGGAGGCCAAGGAAAUCGAUGUGGAUGCCGUGGCGAGGAACGGCGAAGUCCUGUGCAUGGCAAUUUCAGAGCACGUGGAGAACGCCGGUGUACAUUCCGGCGAUGCCUCUCUGAUCCUACCAGCGCAGGGCCUGAACGAUGAGACGAGAAACCGCAUUCACAACAUUGUGUACGCCAUUGGCCGUGCCCUUGAUGUCACCGGUCCGUUCAACAUGCAGCUCAUUGCAAAGAACAACCAGCUGAAGGUGAUUGAGUGCAACUUGCGUGUAUCGCGCUCCUUCCCCUUCGUCUCCAAGACACUGAACACCGACUUCAUUGCUCUCGCAACUGGUGUGAUCGUCAACGGUAAUGUCGACGUCCCCACCGAUCUGUCUGGUGAUGGCCGCGUGGGUGUUAAGGUACCCCAGUUCUCUUUCUCUCGUCUCGCUGGUGCUGAUGUUAUGCUCGGUGUGGAGAUGUCCAGCACUGGUGAAGUUGCCUGCUUCGGUGAGAAUCGCUAUGAGGCUUAUCUGAAGGCAAUGUUGAGCACAGGCUUCAAGAUCCCCAAAAAAUCCAUCCUGCUUUCUUUCGGAAAGAAUCGUGAUGAGAUGCUGGAAGCAGUUCGCACUCUUCAUUUAAUGAAGUAUGAGCUAUACGGUAGUCCAGGCACUGCCCAGUUCUACUUGAACCGAAACAUCCCUGUGAAGGUCGUGGAGAACUGGCCAUUUGAAGAAGGUACGCCUGCACCAGGAAGCAUUGCUGACUACCUGGCAAAUCACAAGUUCGACCUGGUCAUCAACCUGCCAACGGGUGCUCGCAAGCCCACUCCGACUGUGACCAAGGGCUAUAUGACCCGCCGCAUGGCUGUUGACUAUGAUGUGCCGCUCAUCACUGACGUCAAGGCUGCCAAGCUCUUCAUUGAGGCUUUGAAGAGGGUUGGUGGUGUUCCACUGAUGAAGCCACACGUUGACUGCAUCACCACGCAUCAUACAGUGAGACUGCCCGGUCUGAUCGAUGUACAUGUGCAUGCUCGCGAGCCGGGCGGUGAGCACAAGGAGACGUUUGAGAGCUGCAGCCGGGCUGCUCUUGCUGGCGGAGUCACCACUAUGCUGUGCAUGCCCAACACCAACCCGCCGCUCACCAACCUCAAGCACUUCAAGAUGGCGCAUAAGCUUGCCCAAGACGGAGCUUGCUGCGACUACGGCUUGUACGCUGGAGCUGGCCCAGACAACUUCACAGAGCUUCAUCGUAUUGGCGCAGCUGCCUGUGGCCUGAAGAUGUAUCUCAACAAGACAUUCACUUCGCUGCGACUGGACGACAUGUCCAUAUGGCUACGGCACUUGGAGAACUGGCCGAGUCACUUACCACUUGUUGCACAUGCUGAGAGGCAGUCGAUGGGUGCUGUCAUCCUGCUGGCAGGCUUGGCCAAGCGUCCCAUCCACAUUGCCCACGUUGCGCGCAAGGAGGAAGUUCUCAUCAUCAAGGCAGCCAAAGCAAACGGUCAGAAGGUCACUUGCGAAGUCUGCCCACACCAUCUCUUCCUGACAGAUAAGGACGCUGAGCGACUUGGCAAGGGCUGGGGCGACGUAUGCCCAUGCCUUGUCUCACAAGAGGACCAGGAUUCACUCUGGGACAACCUUGAUGUUAUCGACUGCUUUGCAACUGAUCACGCCCCACAUGCUCUGUCAGAGAAGCAGUCAGAGACGCCGCCACCUGGAUUCCCUGGCUUGGAGACCAUGCUGCCUCUCCUGUUGACCGCUGUGCGUGAGGGCCGCCUCACCUUUGAGGACAUUAUCAAGCGCCUCAGUACCAACCCACGGCGUAUCUUUGGCCUUCCAGAGCAGCCUGACACUUACAUUGAGGUCGACAUGGAAGAAAAGUGGACUAUUCCAGAGGCCAUGCCUUUCACAAAGAGCAAGUGGACACCGUUCGCUGGCAGGGAGGUCAUCGGCUCUGUCCGCAAGGUUGUCCUGCGUGGCAAGGUUGCCUACAUCGAUGGUGCGAUCCUAGCUGAGCCCGGCACUGGUCGUGAUGUGCGCUCUCUGGAGAACCUUCAUUUGAUCACACCUGCACUCCCUCCGUCGCCGCCAGCACAGCCAGCGGCUCGCGUGCGUGUUCCAGCCACUGUGUCGGCAACUCGCGUCAUCAGUCCCAAGAAGCCGAUGCACAUGGAGGUGCGCACGUCUCGCACACGCAUGCUCUCCGAGUCUUACGACUGCGAUGAGCAUGAGCGUUCGUUAUCGCCACCUCCGUUUGGAAAGGACUCUGUGAGGCAACAUGGACUCAGUGGACAGAAUGUGUUGGCUGCUGGACAGUUCGGAAGAGAGCAGCUUCAUCAGAUCUUCAAUGUGUCUCACCAGAUGCGACAGCUUGUAAUGCGUGGUGGUGGCUCUGACUUGCUCAAGGGCCGUGUGAUGGCAAAUGUGUUUUACGAGGUCAGCACAAGGACCCAGCUGUCGUUCGCAUCAGCCAUGAAGCGACUCGGUGGAGAGGUGAUUGAACUGGCGCCUGACAAAUCCUCUGUGCAGAAAGGAGAAUCGCUUUCCGACUCGUUACAAGUUAUUUCUGGCUACUCUGAUGUUGUUAUCCUGCGCCAUCCCGAGCCAGCUCCGUGGAAGAAAUGCCGUUUGACCAGACCACUGAUCAAUGCUGGUGAUGGCUGUGGUGAGCAUCCCACUCAGGCGCUUCUUGAUGUCUUCACAAUCAGAGAAGAGAUCGGCACUGUCAAUGGCCUCACUAUCACGAUGGUGGGUGACUUGAAGCAUGGCCGCACAGUGCACUCUCUGGCUAAGCUGCUGUCGUUCUAUCGCAUUCAGCUGCGCUACGUCUCGCCGCAAUCUCUGCGCAUGCCGGACGACGUGCGGGAGGUCGUAUCCAAGGCCGGCAUUUCACAGACUGAGUUCUCAUCGCUGGAGGAGGCUCUCGUCGACACCGAUGUCUUGUACAUGACGCGCAUUCAACGCGAGCGCUUCCCGUCGCCCGAGGAGUAUGAUCAGGUCGCUGGCUGCUAUGUGCUGACUCCGGAGGUUCUGACCAAGGCCAAAGAGAAGAUGGUUGUCAUGCACCCGCUGCCUCGUGUUGAUGAGAUCAGUCCGGCCAUCGACUCCGACCCACGCGCCGCCUACUUCCGCCAGGCCGAGUAUGGAAUGUACGUGCGCAUGGCACUCCUCGCUAUGGUUCUUGGCGUAGCGUGAUUGGCACGGAGUGUAUGAUGAACUCGUGAAUAAGAAGAUGGCUAUGGUGAGCCAUAGGACGUGCUGUUUUUGUACAGUCUGCCUCCGCCAGCCAUUGCCAGUGCGCAUAUUUUUCUUAGCUGCUGAGCUGCUUUUGUAUGGCUUGAUUACGUCGCACCGACACUGUGCUGACCAAGCUCUGCAUGCAUGUGGAUGAACUCCAGCCGAAGAAGAUUGCAAAAAGGCCCCUGACAAAGUCCCUGUUGUACGAAUGCUCUCUUGACUGUGCAUUGGACUGGUCAACGCGAUCAGAUGAUCCAUGAGAAACCACAGCUGAAUAUUUGUUCUCCCUAGAUUGAGUUUCUUUUCUGCCAGUUGCCAGAACAUCAUCUACCAGUAUGAAUCUGAAUCCUGGCUAUUCAAAAAAUUAAUGUCUGAGCACAUUUCUUUUUCAAAGGGAACUAAAUGAGUUUCUGUUCUGUCAUCAAACUGUAUCUCCAUGAGUAGUUUCAUGGUACGUACUUGUAUAUAACCCGAACCACUUUGGUAAUAAAGACACACCAAGGUUACCAAUAGUA